AUGUCCAACCACGAUGAGAACCCCAGCAAUCCUCGACAGUCCCAGGAUAUCGCGCGACGGCCCUCCCUCGUUUCGUCUCGUGCCAUGUCCGAUUCAGGACAGCGUUCCUCUCAACAAUACCAUGUGCGAUUCUCCACGGAGAUUGAACCUCCUGUCGAUGAACAACGCGAUCCCUCGUUAGCCUCACAUACCUCACCGGGGGACCGGCGUCCUAAUUCCCGCGGUUUGACCAUUAACACGGCGCUGGCGCCUCCAAAUAUUCCAUCCGCGGCUCGGUCUCCUACUUCCCCCCUCUCGCCCCCGAAUGCCAAUUCAGGUCCCAGCCCCGGUGCCACUCUCUCCCCAACGUCUCCGACAAGUCCUGAUUCCAACGGUCGGUCUCGGUCGCGAAAUCGCGGUUAUUCGCUGCGUCGAUCCCUUUUCAAUAAAAAUAUCCUGUCGCAGUCGGAAGAUGAUGUGGACGCUGCUGAACUGGGUGAGGCCAGAGGACCGACACGUCCUAGCCAGGAUGAGGGUCCUACUCCUGCGGUGGCGCCCAGUUUGGGUCCGGUAGAAGAAAAGAAUGAAUUGGUCGUUGCGCCCACUGUGACAGCGACGUCUGAUGUCAAGGAAGCGGCAUCUACGUACCUCUCGUCUGAACUUUCAGACACUGGGUUCAAGAAGGAUACUUACAUGUCCGCUGCGCAGGAUAGCUGGUACAGCAAGAAGACAAAAAUGGCUGUGCUGUCUGCCAGGCUGGAUGCGUAUUUGCUCAAAGUCCAGAAUUUCAUCCUUCGCGUCAAGGAAAUCCCACCUACUGAGAACGGUCGCCACAUUGAUAUGAACCCUUCUAUGGUUGAUACCUUUCUGGAUGAACGUACUGGAAAGCCUUACAUCAAGAACUGGAUUCGAUCGACCCGAUACAGCUUUUGGAGCUUCUUCCCUCGUCAAUUGUUUGCGCAGUUCACGAAAUUGGCCAACUUUUACUUCCUUGUGGUGGCGAUUCUGCAAAUGAUUCCUGGAUUGAGUACUACGGGUACUUACACGACCAUUGUGCCAUUGCUGAUCUUUGUCUGUAUUUCCAUGGGCAAGGAGGGAUAUGAUGAUUUGCGCCGUUAUCGUCUGGACAAGGAAGAGAAUAACCGGAUGGCUUAUGUGUUGAGGGCUUCUGGGAAUGCCGACGAACCGUUUCGGGAAGAUAUGUCGGAAACGCGCACAUAUUCCUGGGAAGAAAUCAAGUGGGAAGACAUCCAAGUUGGAGAUGUCAUCAAGAUCGAGCGCGACGAGCCAGUUCCUGCUGAUAUUGCCUUGAUUCAUUCCAAUGGGCCCAAUGGUGUAGCAUUUAUCGAGACCAUGGCCCUUGAUGGAGAGACGAACUUGAAGAACAAGGCACCGUGUCAGUCUGUCGCCAAGGUGUGCUCCACUGAGGACGAUAUUGCUCGCAAUUCCCUGCAUUUCGUUGUGGAGGACCCGAAUUUGGAUCUGUACAAGUUUGAUGGUCACGUCAUCGUCAAUGGCGAGGAGAAGCUGCCAUUAACUAACAACGAGAUUGUUUAUCGUGGAAGUAUCCUGCGAAACACUGAUUGCGCAUUCGGCAUGGUGAUCUAUACCGGUGGAGAGUGCAAGAUCCGUAUGAACGCCAACAAGAACCCUCGCAUCAAGAAGCCGGCCUUGCAAGCCAAGGUGAAUCGCGUUGUUGUUCUCAUUGUGCUCAUCGUCGUUAUCAUGUCUGUGGCCUGCACAAUUGCCUACCGCUACUGGGCGAAGGAUGUGGGAAAGCACGCUUGGUAUCUGGAACAUGCUACCAUCUCCUACGGCCCUGUCUUCACCUCCUUCCUCAUCAUGUUCAACACCAUGAUUCCUAUCUCGCUUUACGUGAGUCUGGAAAUUGUCAAGGUCAUCCAGAUGUAUCUUCUGAACGAUAUUGACAUGUACGAUCCUGAAUCCGACACUCCGUUUGAAGCACGUACAUCGACGAUCAACGAGGAGUUGGGUCAAGUGAGCUACAUUUUCUCCGACAAGACCGGCACUCUCACCAACAACUCCAUGCGCUUCCGCAAAAUGAGUGUCGUUGGAACUGCUUGGCUCCAUGACCUAGAUCUUCAGGAGGAGGCUGCUCGUGAGGGUGAGAAGCUUAUUCACAAGAAGCGAAAUGUCAAGGGUAAGAAGGCUAUCGGCCGGAAAUCCAAUCUUUCCGAAAUACAAAUGCCUCGUCCAUCCAAUGUCUCUGCCGCUGAGGUCAUGCGCCGCUCUGCUCCGCAUCGCACUACUGAGAUGAUUGAGUACAUCCAGCGCAAGCCUUACACCAUUUUUGCUCGAAAGGCCAAACUUUUCAUCCUGGCUAUGGCUCUCUGUCACACUUGUAUUCCCGAGGAAGAUAAAAAUGGCGAUUAUACCUUCCAGGCUUCUUCGCCCGAUGAGCUGGCUUUGGUCUUGGCUGCUAAAGAGUUGGGAUACUUGGUGAUGGACCGACAGUCAAACACUCUGACUAUCCGCACACAGCCCAACAGUCCCGAUGAGGCUGCCAACGAAGAGACUUACGAAGUUCUGGACGUUAUCGAGUUUUCCAGCGCACGGAAACGUAUGUCUGUUGUUGUGCGCAUGCCUGACCAACGCAUCUGCCUAUUCUGCAAGGGUGCCGAUACCUCGCUCAUGCGUCUUCUUAAGCGUGCAGACCUGGCACAAGAGAAGGCAACCAAGAUUGAGCGCCGUGCCAGCCAACGUAAAACCGCAGAAGCCAAUGAAGUCAUUCGCCGGAACAGCGAGUACAACAGUCGGAAGGACAGUGGCGUUCGAAGCAGUUUCAGUCGUCCCAGCUUUAGCCGCCCCAGCUUUAGCCGCCCCAGCCUUAGCCGCCCCAGUUUCAAUCGCCGCCGCUCAUCCAUCUCCGGUCAACACACCUCUACUCUUCGUGCUAGCAUUGAUGUCUGGUUGCGUGAUCGUGAGACAGAUGGAGGCCGUCUCACCCGGGAAGCCGAUAGUGAAUACUACUCUCCUCGUCCCUCUGCACAGAUGGGAAGACACUCAGCAGUUAUAUCGGACUCUGGUGACUCGACUAAUGGCGAGGAAGAUGAAGAUCUUGUUGAAGAAGCCCUGGUUGUGAAUGAAAAUGCCAUUUUCGAACGCUGCUUCCAGCAUCUCAACGACUUUGCCACCGAAGGACUGCGCACUCUUCUCUACGGUCAUCGGUUCUUGGAUGAGUCGACUUACGAGACUUGGAGAGCUGCAUACCACGAUGCUUCUACCAGUAUCAUUGACCGACAAGAGAAGAUCGAACAGGUUGGUGAGCAGAUCGAGCAGGAACUUGAGUUGACAGGUGCUACUGCCAUUGAGGAUAAGUUGCAGAAGGGUGUCCCCGAGGCCAUUGACAAGCUGCGACGUGCGAACAUCAAGCUGUGGAUGUUGACCGGCGACAAGCGUGAGACUGCUAUCAAUAUUGGUCAUGCCUGUCGUCUGGUUAAGGACUACUCGAAAUUGACAAUUCUCGAUCAUGAGAACGGCAAUGUUGAGCAGCUGAUCGUUGAGCUAACCAGUGAGCUCAUGCAGGGUCGUGUUGCCCAUUCUGUGGUCGUUGUUGAUGGUCAGACUUUGUCGACAAUCGAAGAGAAUGAAGUUGUGCGCAAACGUUUCUUCCAGCUUGCUAUCCGUGUGGACUCGGUGAUAUGUUGCCGUGCUAGCCCCAAGCAGAAAGCCUUCCUUGUCAAGACAAUUAGGACUCAUGUCAAGGAUGCCAUUACCCUCGCUAUCGGAGAUGGUGCCAACGACAUCGCUAUGAUUCAGGAGGCGCAUGUUGGUAUUGGUAUCGCUGGUAAGGAGGGUCUGCAAGCUGCGCGCAUUUCAGACUACUCCAUUGCUCAGUUCCGAUUCCUGCUCAAGUUGCUUCUUGUCCAUGGUCGGUGGAACUAUAUGCGUGCGUGCAAGUAUACAUUGGGUACUUUCUGGAAGGAAAUGCUUUUCUACCUUACUCAGGCGAUGUACCAGCACUGGAACGGCUACACUGGAACCAGUCUGUAUGAGUCGUGGAGUUUGAGUAUGUUCAAUACUCUUUUCACUUCUCUUCCUGUGAUCUUUCUGGGCGCCUUCAGUAAGGAUUUGGCUGCGUCGACUCUUCUCGCUGUUCCGGAGCUCUAUACCAAGGGCCAACGCAACGGUGGAUUCAAUAUUCGACUGUGGCUGGGUUGGUCACUCAUGGCUACCUGCGAAGCAGCAGUCAUCUUUUUCACCAUGUACAGCCUCUUCGGUAUGAUCGAGAUCAACAUCAGCGAUGUUGACACUUUCGCUCUCGGCCUACUUGCCUUCACCACCUGUGUGAUCGUCAUCAAUAUCAAGCUCCAGGCUUUGGAAGUCCACAACAAAACCUAUAUGAAUCUCAUCGUGAUGAUCAUUUCCAUCGGUGGCUGGUUCCUCUGGAACAUGAUUCUCUCUGCGCGCUACACAAUGAGUUCUGGCAAGGGCGUCUACGACGUCCCAGGAAAUUUCCUCCACCAUGUUGGUCACAAUCUCCUCUUCUGGGCUGUGCUCCUCCUCGCUGCCAUGGGAGUCAUCAUGCUAGAAAUGAUGAUCAGUACCCUACGCGCCCUCUUCUUCCCUACAGACGUCGACAUCUUCCAAGAGUACGAACAAGAUCUCGACAUCCGCAAGCGAUUCGAAGAAGCUGCCGCCACGGAACUCCAGCAGGGCUGGGACCACGGCACGAAGAAAUCCAGUUUCGAACGUGUUCGUGAAACCGCUGAGAUGGAUGCCCGCGAGCGUCAAGUUCAGGAACUUCUUUCCCGUCCUCGUGUCAUGCCAGACUCGAAACCUGUUGCUCAGGAAUUUGAGCUGGAGGGUUACUCUACCAGUAGUGCCCAUGUGAGCCGCACAGGUAGUAAUACUGUUGAGCAGGCACAGACCGCUGAACAUGAGCAUGAUCUUGGUGUUGUACCUGGCUCUCCUGUCGAGUCAUGUGCUCCGCGUCGCUCUGUUGAGAUCCACGAACUAUUCAGUAAAGGCUUCGGUGCUAUUCGCAAAGGCCAAUUGAAAUAG